CUCAGUUUCCCCAGGAAAAACAACCUUAUCAUAUCUUGUCUCUGUUCCACUGUGUCUUCCCCUUCAACUCUCCUCUAUUCCAUUCAUCUCUGCAACAUUCUCAUCAUCCAAACAAACACAGCACCCAAAAUGCACCACCACUGAACAACAACAACCUCAAAACAAUGGCGUUCACCAACACCACUGGUAAACUCUCAGAAUUAUCUUUCAGUUCAUCACCAUCAUCACUCUCACUCUCACUCAACCUUCCUCGCUUUUUCACUCUCACCCAUCUCUUCCUCCCUCAUUCCAAACCCUCUUUUCGCACUCUCACCUUCUCUUCUCUCCGAACCAGCCACCACCACAAUUCCUCCCCAAAACCCAACCCCACCGCGCCCUGGCUCGCCAAAACCGCCUCACCUCCCAAAAGGGUCUCCGAAUCUGCCACCGAAGAAGACCCAUCGAACCGUCAACCGGGUAUUCGACAAAACCCGGUUGAAAGGAUUGUUCUCCGGUUGCGGAACCUGGGGUUGGUUUCUGAUGAAGAUGAGGAAGCAGCAGCAGCAGGAGGAGAAGAAGAAGGAGAAGAUAGGGUCAGUCCAUUGCCGGUGACCGGCGAGGAGAAGCUGGGGGAGUUGCUGAGGCGGGAAUGGGUUCGUCCUGAUGCCGGGUUGCUGGAGGAUGAUGAUGAGGGUGAGGAGGGGGUGUUGCCGUGGCAGAAAGAGGAAGAGGGGUUUGUGGGUAGUGGGGUUGAGGAGGGGUUGAGGAGGAGGAUGUUAAGGGCUCCAAGUUUGGCUGAGUUGACACUUGAGGAUGAGUUGUUGAGGAGGUUGAGGAGAGAGGGGAUGCGUGUGAGGGAGAGGAUUAGUAUCCCCAAAGCUGGUCUCACAAAAGAUGUGAUGGAUAAGAUUCACGAGAAGUGGAGGAAGGAGGAGUUGGUGAGGCUCAAGUUUCAUGAGGAGCUUGCGCGGAACAUGAAGAUUGCUCAUGAGAUUGUUGAGCGUCGAACGGGAGGAUUGGUUACAUGGAGAUCGGGAAGUAUUAUGAUGGUGUAUCGUGGUAUUAAUUAUCAAGGGCCUCCCUCCACGAAGGAACUUGAUGAAAAAGAAGGUGAUGGCUUUUUUAUCCCGGAUGUCUCAUCAGGAAGCUUGCCAAGCACUAAAGACAGUAAUGCAAUUGCAAACUCAUCCCUGGAGAAGAGUGAGCUAGCUGCAAGGAAUCAGGAACAGCCUAAGAACAUGACGGAAGAGGAAGCAGAGUACAAUGCGCUGCUUGAUGGUUUGGGUCCUCGUUUUGUUGAAUGGUGGGGUACAGGAGUACUUCCUGUCGAUGCUGAUUUACUUCCCCGUACAGUUCCUGGUUACAAAACACCUUUUAGGCUUCUUCCUGCAGGGAUGCGUUCUCGACUAACAAAUGCAGAGAUGACCAAUUUAAGAAAACUUGCAAAAUCACUUCCUUGCCAUUUUUCCUUGGGGAGAAAUAGAAAUCACCAAGGUCUGGCAUGUGCUAUUCUUAAGCUUUGGGAAAAAAGUUUACUUGCAAAGAUUGCUAUCAAACGUGGUAUCCAGAACACAAACAAUAAAUUAAUGGCUGAUGAGCUCAAGACAUUAACAGGAGGCACCUUGCUGCUAAGGAAUAAAUAUUACAUUGUUAUAUAUCGUGGGAAGGACUUUGUUCCAACAGAUGUGGCUGCAGUUUUAGCUGAAAGACAGGAAUUGACAAAACAGGUACAAGAUGUUGAAGAGAAGGUGCGUUGCAGAGCUGUUGAUGCAACAUCAGGACAAGGUGAAGCAACAACACCGGCAGGCGCUGCAGUUUUAGCUGAAAGACAGGAGUUGACAGAACAGGUACAAGAUGUUGAAGAGAAGGUGCAUUGCAGAGCUGUUGAUGCAACAUCAGGACAAGGUGAAUCAACAACACCGGCAGGCUCAUUAGCAGAGUUUUAUGAGGCCAAGGCUCGUUGGGGAAGGGACAUAUCUACGGAAGAACGUGAGAAGAUGAAGGAAGAAGUUGCCAAUGCCAAGACUGUGAAGCUUGUCAGGCAUACUGAGCAUAAGCUAUCUCUUGCCCAGGCCAAAAAGCUUAGAGCAGAAAAGCUGUUAGCCAAAAUAGAAGCAGCUAUGGUUCCAGGUGGUCCUGAUUAUGACCAGGAAACCAUCACAGAGGAAGAGCGUGUCGUGUUCCGUAGGAUUGGUUUGAGAAUGAAGGCAUACUUACCACUUGGUAUACGUGGUGUUUUUGAUGGUGUCAUUGAAAAUAUGCAUUUGCAUUGGAAACACAGGGAACUUGUAAAAUUGAUAUCAAAACAAAAGACUCUGGCUUUUGUUGAAGACACAGCAAGGUUACUGGAAUAUGAGAGUGGUGGAAUACUAGUGGCAAUAGAAAGAGUUUCUAAAGGAUUUGCUCUUAUUUAUUAUCGUGGAAAGAAUUAUAAACGGCCCAUUACUCUCAGGCCUAGAAACCUUCUAACAAAGCAAAAGGCAUUGAAGCGUUCCAUAGCCAUGCAACGCCAUGAGGCUCUGAGUCAGCAUAUUACAGAACUGGAAAAAAAUAUAGACGAAAUGAACAAAGAACUUGGCGUGUCUCAAGAUUUGGAGGUUCAAGACAAGUGGAGCAUGGAGGAAGAGGACAAAAAACAACUAGACCCCAUCUCAGAACUCACCCAAAGUGAGGAUGAGGAUUCUGAUGGUUUUGAUGAUGAGGAAGACUCCGAUUGGGAUGAAGAUGAGGACGCUGAGUUUCCAGAAUUCAACAUUGAUGGGCAUCCUUGAAGGCAGGUUGACAGAUAUGCAUUGGAGUUUCUCUAUGACAUCUGUCAUUGCCUUCGGCGAGAUAGUUCUCCCUCAUGUAGGGCAAUGAAGAGACAGGCUGACAUCAACAUGAAUGGUUUUUCCUCAAUUUGUACAUUCUUAGAGCUGAUAAUGUGGGAGUGGGAGUUUGAUUUAUACAAAGUUCUACACGUAUGUGCCUGCAUAUCAUUCGCAGUCCUGCAGUGGCUAAAAUCCGUCAGUAUUUGCCUGUUUGCCUCAGGUUUUUCAUUUGAGUGGCACUUAAUCUUUCACUGUUCUUUGAGAUGGUAUCUUUUAGAAUGCUAGCUGACUUCUGAGUAGCAUGGACAAACACUCAUCUGUAUACUGUAGUCUGCCUUACAUUGUAGUUCACCUGAUUACUGUAAAUCCUUCAUCAUAUUGUAACAGGAAUAACUCCUUUCUUGUAUUCACUAUUGUGAUAUUGUUCCUUCCCGUGAUUUUAAUUUUGUUGCCUUCAAUGCUGUGGGGGUAAACAGUAAAUGUACCAUGUUGAUGUGAUUAUGAUAUGAUAAGAAGCACAAUUUUGGUUAUAACUUUCAAACUCGAUCAGCUGUUAUUUUCA